UUACAGAAAUGCACAGACUACUGUCGCUUAGUGUGCGCCCAAUACAUAUUCAAAGAAUAACCACUCUGAACGUAAUUCGUCAUUUCUCCAGAACUACUACACCACUUCGAUGUAAGGUUGAAAUCGGCAAGGAAGCGAAGAGUUUGGUUGAGAAAAGAGCCAGAAAAUCGGAUCCUUUUUCUUCGGACCACAAUGAACCAACCAUGAACUUCGGACAUCAUAUGGGCUUUCAUGGUUUCGAAUUGUAUCCUAUUCAAGGUCAAGUUAUUGCAUGGGCUAUUAUACUUGUACUUAUAGCUUACUAUGCUUCUGCAAAAAUUGAAAUCGUCAUUGAUCGAAGCUACAAGAACACUCCAUUCACUUGGGCUACAAUGAAAGAUCGUGAUCAUGAUUACGUUGCUUUCGGUUUCGAACCAAAACCAGCAAUACCACGUUUGGAUCUGAUGGAAACACUGCAGGAGGAAAUGAUUGAGGAAGCAAGAAGACGUGGUACUCGUAAAUAAAUCGAGGGUUUACACAACUGUAUUCAAGACGAAAAACAAAUACGAUCCAAUCUUUUUGUGUUCGUUUUUUUUUUUGGUUAGAUUUUUUAAAUAGGUGUGACGCGUGGAUUUUAUCAUUGCUACAUUAGAAUAUUGUUUUGAGUAAUACCCUCUCUAUCUUCCAUAACCCAGAGGCUACUUUUACUUUAUUUUUCAAUAUGUUGCAGUAUGUUGUGACAUUGUUGAAUAAUUCGAAACGUCUUUUUUUUUAGUUUGCCAUUUUUAAUGUUUCGACAACUUUUCAUUUUGUUAUUUAGAAUUCCUGGUUCAUAUUCUCACUUUCCUUUGUUAUGGAAUUGCUUUUUCACAAUAUAUAAAUGUAAAUUCUACUCUUCGACAAUUUAACUAUGUGGUUGGAUAAAUCCUGUUUCAUUAUUAGGUAUGGGCUAUUGAACAAUUCCAUCAGUGCAGUCUUUAGAAAUACC